AUGACUGACGAAAAAGAAGGGAUUUCGGAUUUUAAGAAAACCUCUUCAUUAGAAGAAUUAGAAGCAAAACUAGAUUCAAUUGCCAAUAACGAUUUCACGUUUGAAGUUUCGAAUGCCAAUAAAAUUUUUACAUUUGAAGCGAAGUUAGAUUCAAAUGCCAAUAUCACACUUGAGGAGCCAGUUUCAAGUGUUUCGAAUGCUAGUAAAAUUUUUACAAUCGAAG